AAAAUAUUUUGGAGCAUCCAGGCAACACAUCUCUUUUCUAUGGCUGGGACACUGCGACUCCCAUGGCUGUUCAUCAUACUAUUUUUCCUUCUGGUGAGACUACAUGGAGAGCUGAGGGACACGGCACCAAGACGAAACAAGAGGAAUGUCAGCAGUGACCAGCCUCGUAUGCUGUCAGAUAAUGGUCACCUUGUCUUCACAACUGGUGACAAUAAAGAGAUCCGCUUCCAGACGUCAGCAUCAGGCCGGAUUAAAGUGGACAAUGAAGACCUCACCCAACUUUUGAGUCAGAUCAAAAUCAACAAAGAAGACAUUGAUGACAUUAAGUCUCAUGGAGGUGGAGUCCCCCCUGAUAUAGCCAACAAACUAAACCAGCUGGACACCAGGGUGUUAACACUUGAGAAUAAAGUGACUGCACUUGAAUCGACGGUCCAGCAGGUGUCCUGCAGGAAUAAUCCCUGUCAGAAUGGAGGAACAUGUCUGAACUUGCUCAACUCAUAUCACUGUGUGUGUCCCAACAGCUGGGCUGGUCCUAACUGUGCAGCAGAUGUGAAUGAAUGUCAGGUGUACUCGGGAACAUUUCAGGCUUGUCAGAAUGGAGGGACCUGUGUCAACACCCUUGGAUCAUUCACCUGCACCUGUUCUCCAGAAUGGUCCGGGAGUCUCUGUACUCUGCGUUAUGAUGACUGCAGGAAUGUAGGACAGGACCUGUGUGUACAUGGCACAUGUAUUGAUGCUGACCGGGUUAUACCUGGACAGCCAAAAUUCCAGUGCAUUUGUGAGCAUGGCUGGGAGGCUCCAGCUGGGAACUCGGCCUGUGUGGCUGAUGUUAAUGAGUGCAACCUACCUAACAAACCUUGUUCAACCAACCCUGCUGUUUCCUGCUACAACACUCAGGGUUCCUUCUACUGUGGAGCCUGUCCUGCUGGUUGGCAAGGCAAUGGCUACAGUUGUCAGGAUGUGGACGAAUGUUUGACCAAUAAUGGAGGCUGCUCCACUGCUCCCAUGGUGCAAUGCCUGAACACCAUGGGCUCUUUCCACUGUGGUCCCUGCCCUCCAGGUUAUGAGGGGAAUGGGAGAACAUGCACUCAGACCAAUAUCUGUGCUACCAACAAUGGAGGCUGCUACCCAUUAGCUACAUGCUCCUCCAGUCCAGGGGCAAACCUUCCUAUAUGUACCUGCCCUUCAGGCUUUAUAGGCAAUGGUUAUGGACCAACUGGUUGCAGCCAGAUCGGCAACAUCUGUCAGACUAACAAUCCCUGUGUCAAUGGACAGUGUGUGGCCACCACCUUGACUCCUGGUUACAUCUGCAAUUGCAACUCUGGCUGGCAAGGAAUAAACUGUGACCAGAAUAUCAAUGUUUGCUUGAGCAACCCCUGUCAGAAUGGAGGAACCUGCACCUAUGGCAUUAAUGGAUUCAUGUGUACAUGCACUGCCCACUGGACUGGGCAACUGUGCCAGACCCCACAGCAAGAGUGUGGAGGUUAUCUGAGUGGCCCUGCUGGUUCCUUCAGUUAUCCCAACACCCCAGGUCAUGAGGAAUACAGUCACCAGGUCAGCUGUGCCUGGGUGAUCCGCAUUGACCCAAACAAGAUUCUGCGUACUACAUUUCCCUUCUUUAAUCUGGAGAGUAGCACCAACUGCAACUUUGACUUCCUUCAGAUCCAUGAUGGGGACAGCGCCUCUGCUCACAUAAUCGGAAAAUACUGUGGCCAAAAUAACCCACAGGAGCUCUACAGCUCCCACAAUUCCCUGUAUUUCUGGUUUCGCUCAGACCACUCUGUCAGUGGUGGUGGCUUCACAGUUGCUUGGCAGUCUCAGGACCCAGUUUGUGGAGGUGAACUUACUGCCUCCUAUGGCAAUAUUAACUCACCUGGUUACCCUGGAAACUACCCACCUAACCGGGACUGCUACUGGACAGUGACAGUGGAGCCCAGCUUGCUCAUUACCUUUGCAUUCGGGACUCUCGGUCUGGAGAAUCACCCUGACUGCAACCAUGACUUCCUAGAAAUCCGGGAUGGUCUUCUACCUGAAGACCCAGUUCUGGGGAAGUACUGUAGUACUGCAUCACCUGCCCCCCUGCAAACCACAGGUCCAACUGCAUGGGUCCACUUCCACUCUGACUUUAGUGUCUCUGACCGAGGCUUCCACAUUACAUACACAACAUCACCAAGUGACCCUGGUUGUGGUGGGACCUUCACCGACAGUGAGGGCAUCUUCAUCUCCCCCAACUGGCCCAACAACUAUGCCCACGACCGGCAGUGCAUCUAUUUGAUCAGGUUACCAGUGGGUGAGAAGGUGGCCCUCAACUUUACUCACAUGAAUCUGGAGAGUCACAACAGCUGCUCUUUUGACUAUGUGGAGGUCCAUGAUGGCAGAAUGGAGACUGAUCCUCUGAUAGGGAGGUACUGUGGGAACUCCCUGCCAGCUCCCAUUCACUCAUCCUCCAACUUCCUGUGGGUUCGUUUCAGGUCCGACAGCUCAGUCAGCCAGGCAGGUUUCAGGGCUGUCUACACCGUUGCUUGUGGAGGUAUUUUGUCGGGGACUGGGCAGUUACACUCUCCCUUCCACCCCAAUGCCUAUCCCCACAACAAGGUCUGUGAGUGGGUCGUUAACCAGCCAGAGGGCUAUGUGGUCACCCUUGACUUCCUGUCAUUUGACGUUGAGGGAGGCUCCUGCCAUUUUGACUUUGUUGAGGUCAGGGAUGGCUCCACGUCCAGCUCUCCUCUGCUGGGGACGUUUUGUGGUGUUGAGAUCCCCCCCAAGCUUCAGUCGACUCAGAGAUCUAUGUACAUCUACUUCAAGACUGACUCCUCUGUCAGGAACCACGGCUUUGAAGUCGCCUAUGGCUCUGCCUUGGAGGGUUGUGGGGAUACCCUGACCAUUCCUUCUGGCACUAUCACAAGCCCUGGCCACCCCACCAACUACCCCCAUGGGGCCAGCUGUACCUGGUACAUCAGUGUUACCCCAGGCAACCUGGUUCGGCUGUCGUUUGAAUCCUUUAACCUGGAGUACCAUGUGAACUGUAACUUUGAUUACCUGGAGGUGUACGACAACGGCACUGUGCAGACCGGAACCAAGAUUGGCAGGUACUGUGGGCGUUCGGUGCCUCCAUCCAUCACCAGUACUGACAGCAUGCUGACCCUGCUGUUUGUGUCUGACUCAGGUUUAUCCUCAGAGGGAUUCUCUGCCAGCUUUGUCUCCCUAAAUGCCACCACAGAUUGUGGUGAAACCUUCACCUCCCCUACAGGGUCUUUCAGUUCACCCAACUACCCUGACUACUACCCCAACAAUAGAGACUGUAUCUUCAAGAUCACUGUGCAGGUCAACAUGCAGAUUAUGCUGAACUUCACCAACUUUGAACUGGAUGGCUCCCCUCCUACUUGCAACUUAGACUUUGUGGAGAUCAGGGAUGGUGGCUAUGAGACAUCUCCCCUGAUUGGUAAGUUCUGUGCCGAUCAGAGGCCUCCAGUCCUGGUGUCCCAAAGCAAUUGUCUUUGGGUUAGAUUCCACUCUGAUGCCACCAUCACGCACCUUGGAUUCACUGCCCACUGGGACGGCACACAGACUGGCUGUGGAGGGAUGUUGACAACUGCAUCUGGGGAGUUCUCUUCCCCUAAUUACCCACUGCCCUACCACCCUAAUGCUGAGUGCUACUGGAACAUCAGGACCAGCCAGGGAAGCCAGCUUCUCCUCUCUUUCUCUAAUUUCCACCUGGAGUCCAGCUCCACCUGCUCGUAUGAUUACCUGGCUGUACAUGACGGUAACAGCAGCAGUGCUCCACAGCUGGCCAAGUUGUGUGGCAGUCAGCCACCCAGCACCAUCAGGUCUUCCAGCAAUCAGCUCUACAUCAAACUACGCACUGACAGCAGCAUCAGCGCCGGAGGCUUCCUCGCAUCAUACACCUCCAAAUGCCAGAGUGUGCCGAUCUCAGGCCAACACAGAGGAGUGGUGGAGUCACUGAACUUUCCCAACAACUACCCACACAACUCCCAGUGCAGCUGGACCAUCCAGGCCAGCAGUGGAAACACCAUCAACUACACCUUUAUUGCCUUCCAGGUGGAGGCCAACUGUGACCGUGACUACGUCAAGCUCUAUAAUGGCCCUAAUGCACAAGCCACUUUGAUUGGUACGUUCUGUGGAUACUCACCCCCACCAGCCAGCAGCACCACAAGCUCAGCCCUCACCGUGGUGUUCGGAUCCGACUCCUCUGUGUCCAUGUCUGGCUGGCAGAUGAUGUGGUACCAGAAUGGUUGUGGUGGGGAGCUCUCUGGACCCAGUGGCUCCUUCAACAGUCCAGACUAUCCCAACAGGUAUCCAGAAAACAGGGAGUGUAUCUGGUACAUCACCACAUCAGCUCGCAGCAGCGUCACCUUCACUAUCCAUGAGUUUGAUGUGGAGUUCCACCAAGACUGCAACUAUGAUGUGCUGGAAGUGUAUGGAGGCCCAAAUCUGUUGGCCCCUCAGCUGGCCAAGCUCUGCAGCACCACGUCCAGCCCAAUGCAUGUCUCCAGCACCGGCAACCUGCUCACGGUGCGCUUCAAGUCAGACGCCUACGUCAGUGGACGAGGUUUCAAUGCAAGCUGGGCUGAAGUUCAGGGAGGAUGUGGAGGCCCAGUCACAGCUCCAUCAGGGGAGAUCCAUUCUCCUUUGUAUCCCAGCAGCUAUCCCAACAAUGCGGACUGUUCCUGGGUCAUCAGUGUGGAUCCCAACCACCGUGUCUUCUUCAACUUUUCCAACCUGGACAUUGAAUACCAUAGCAACUGCUCCUGGGACUAUGUGGCUAUCUAUGAUGGUCCAACCAGAUCUUCUCCUCUGCUUGCACAUGUGUGUGGCACCAGUCUUCCUCCCUCCAUCACCUCCACCCAGAACACCAUCUAUGUUCGCUUUAGGUCCGACUCCAGUCGCAGCCACCGUGGCUUCAGCGCUCGCUUCUCUGAGGCUUGUGGUGCAACCAUCAUAACAGACAAUGUUGGUGGGGCCAUUGCAUCGCCAUGGUACCCACGACCAUACCCACCCAAUCAGAACUGUAGUUGGAUCAUUAGAGCACAGGAACCAUUCAUCCAUGUGAGCCUGUCCUUCACUGACUUUGAGUUAGAGAUGAUCGACUCCAACUGUUCCCAUGAUGCUGUGAGGAUCCUGGAUGGAGACAACUACCAGGCACCUGCCAUAGGGCGUUACUGUGGCUUGGAAAUGCCUCACCCAGCAACAUCCUUCAGUAACUCUUUGGUGGUCAACUUCAUCUCCGACCACUCCGUCUCCAGGAAAGGGUUCAGAGCCACCUACUCGGCAUCCACCUCCAGUUGUGGAGGAGAUCUGGUGAUGGAGAGUGGUGCGUUUAACAGUCCUAACUAUCCAGAUGCUUAUCCGCCUAAUGUGGAGUGUGUGUGGACCAUCAGAAGCUCACCAGGGAACCGUCUCCAGCUUUCAUUUAUUAUCUUUCACCUGCAGGGAGAUUCUGGCUGUCAAAAUGACUACGUGGAAAUCCGAGAGGGUAACUCCACUGGGCCGCUGGUUGGUCGUUUCUGUGGAAACUCGCUCCCCUCAAACUAUACCUCCGUGAUUGGCCACAUCUUGUGGGUUAAGUUUGUCUCCGACGCAUUGAAUAGCGGAGCAGGAUUCAGAGCCACCUUCUCACACUUAUAUGGUAAUGAUAUGGUGGGGGAGUUUGGUCAGAUAGCAUCCCCACUGUAUCCCAGAACAUACCCCAACAAUGCCCACUACCGCUGGACCAUAACUGUGGAGGGAGACAGAUACAUCCAGAUCCGCUUCUUGGACAUGGACAUAGAGGACCUGGAUGGCUGUUACUACGACCAGCUCAAAAUAUUCGAUGGCCCCAGUGUUCAUUACUACCCUAUUGGGUCAUUCUGUGGUCUGUCCCUGCCCCCUCCCCUAAGAAGCUCCGCAAGCACUGUCACCCUGCAGUUCCAGUCGGAUUUAGUGGUGGGAGGCCGAGGCUUCCUCGUAGAAUGGACGGCUGUCCAGGACUCAGGACCAUCCACUAUCACACCAGGUGCAUGUGGGGGAGUUCUAAUGACAGAAGAGACUCCUGGCUUCCUCUAUUCUCCUGGCUGGCCUGAAAACUACCCUCCUAACCAGGAGUGUACCUGGUUGAUACGUUCUCCAGACUCGACUGUAGAGUUGAACCUCUUGUCUCUGGACAUGGAGGACUACCCCAACUGCUAUUUUGACAGCCUUGUCAUAAGAGACGGUGUGACCAGUCUUUCCCCUGUGCUGGCUAGUGUGUGUGGUCGAGAUCCUCCAGGUUCUCUCCACUCAACAAGAAAUUCCAUGUUUAUCCACUUCUCCUCAGACAGCAGCAUCAGUGGCCGAGGCUUUAACGCCUCCUACUCCAGAGGCUGUGGUGGCCUCUUGCAUGUCGACAGGGGUGUGCUGAGCAGUCCCCGCUACCCCCAGAACUACCUGCCUGGUCUAAGCUGUGACUGGCAUGUGAUGGUGACGCCUGGCUUCAGGGUUUCUGUCACCUUCCAGAGCCACUUCCAGAUUCAAGGCUAUGGAUCUCGAUGCAGCUCUGGAGACUACCUGGAGCUCAGGAAUGGUCCGGAUGCUUCAUCUCCACUGCUCGGGGAACGUCUCUGUGGUUCGAGUAUGCCAUCCCUCCUUCAGACUACUGACAGCCACCUCUUUAUCCACUUUGUCUCUGAUGCCAGUAAUGAGGCCUGCGGUUUUAAGAUGACCUUUGAAGCCCACAGUCAGGCAUGUGGAGGCUUCAUAGAGCUGAAUGACAACGAUCCUCCCGGGUAUAUCACUUCACCUAAUUAUCCUCUGAACUACCCCCAGAACAUUGACUGUGUCUGGGUGGUAACUGUGCCUAACGGAGAAGCUGUCCAAAUUGACUUUCAGGAUGAAUUCUACAUUGAACCCUCUGGCAGCUAACCUUCGGCUACUUCAGCCUGGAACCCCACUCUGAAUGCCACUGGGACUCUGUCACCAUCUUUAAUGGAGGAUCCCCUGGCUCCCCUGUUAUUGGCCAGUACUGUGGGACCACCUCCCCAGGAACCAUCCAGUCAGGAUCCAGCAAGCUUGCUAUAGUCUUCCUGGCUGACCAUAGUGUGUCCAGUGGAGGCUUUAUGGCCUCCUGGGCUGCUGAUUCCUCAGGCUGUGGAGGGGUGAUCCAUGCUGAUUCAGGAACAAUCAAGUCUCCAAACUAUCCCCAGAACUUCCCAGCCAAUGUGGAGUGUUCCUGGCAGAUCAUUGCCCAUGAGGGAAACCACCUUGAGAUGAGCUUCAACAGUGAUUUCCAGAUUCCAGACAGUAGUGGGUCCUGCCAGAGCAGCUACAUCAAGGUAUGGUCAGGUCAGACCCAAAAUAUAGAGACUCUGCUGUCGACAAGCUGUGGCUCAAUGGCGCCAGGCCCCAUCAUUGCUCCAUACAACAUCAUCACCAGCCGAUUCCAGGGCACUGAAGCCCCUGGCAGAGGUUUCACAGCCUCCUUCAGCACCAGGUGCGGGGCAAUGUUCACAGCUGCCAGCGGUCGUGUGCUUUCUCCAAAUUAUCCAGCCAACUACCCUGACUACUCCAACUGCAACUACACCAUACAUGCUGGAGAACAGACCGUGGUUGUCAUCACCUUUCAGGUCUUCCAAGUAGAAGCACACUCCACCUGUCAGUAUGACGCGCUGAAGAUCUACAGCCUGGCUACUACUGGCCCUGCUAUUGCCACUCUGUGUGGUAUCAGCAUCCCAGGGCCCUUUUCCACCUUUGGCCCUAUGUUACUCCACUUCUACUCUGACUCUGUGAUCAGCGACAGAGGCUUCAUUGCAGAGUACAGAGCCAUUCCAUGUGGUGGUUUCUUCAACAACACUAUGGGUACAGUAAGCAGCCCAGCACUCUCCAUGACCAACUACCACCACAACAUCAACUGUACCUACCAUAUUGUGGUCUCAACAGACAGGGUGCUGGAUAUCAAGUUUAACACCUUUCAACUGGAAGCAUCUUCUUCCUGUCGCUAUGACUACGUGGAGGUGUAUGAUGGACAGGACACCUUGGCGCCUUUGCUGGGGAGAUUCUGUGGUGCAGCGCUCCCGCCCAAUCUGCGCUCCUCCACCAACCAGCUGUACUUGGUCUUCAGGACAGAUGCCACAGUGAAUGGGAUUGGCUGGAGGGCUACUUACAGUGAGACGCUCGGUCCAGCACAGGGAUGUGGCGGCUACCUGUCCAUGGUCAUGGGCAUGUUUGGUUCUCCAGAUCCAAAUCUGGAUGGGCGCUAUGAACCCAGGAUGGACUGCCUGUGGACCAUUGAGAUGCCUGUCAGCAGGGUGAUCAAUCUGACCUUCAACUCCUUUGAGCUUGAGGCCUCCUCUACUUGCCGCUACGACUAUGUGAAAGUGUAUGAUGGCCACAACGUUAACUUCCCUCUGGUUGGGACAUUUUGUGGGAACUCCAUCCCUUCUUUUGUGUCAGGUGGAAACUUCCUGACUAUUCACUUUGUCACUGAUAGCUCAGUACAGAGACGAGGUUUCAACGCUACCUACAGAGCUGUGCCAUUGGUGUGCGGCGGAACUCUGAAUGCCACGAUCACCGUCCAGACCCAGACCUCACCCUUCUUCCCCAAUGCCUAUCCCCCUUACACCUCCUGCCGCUGGAUCCUGGAUGCUCCGGCCCAGGAAACCAUUAAAGUGUCACUCCAGAUAUUUGUCGUCCAGCCCAGCCAGAGCUGCACCACAAACUACCUUGAGAUGAAGGACUGGCCGAUGGGAGACUAUGGGCAGUCCCACAGGUUCUGUGCAUCGGACGCUCAUCCACUAGACUUCUACAGCUACGGCAGAACCAUCCUCAUGUACUUCAAAUCCGACACCUUCAUGACAGGAAAUGGCCUGAGUUUCAGCUAUCAGACUGCCAGCUGUAGCAGAACCUAUGAACAGGAAUACGGCUACCUGAAGAGUCCAGGCUGGCCUGACACCUACCCCCACAACAUGGACUGCACCAUUAUCCUGAAGGCACCGCAGAACAGCUACAUCUCCUUCUUCUUUAACAGUUUCGAUGUGGAGAGCCACAGCCACUGUGAAUUUGACUACCUGGAGAUCCGUAAUGGCAGUACAGCAGACUCACCUCUGAUCGAUAAGUUGUGUGGUAGCACACUGCCCAGCCCCGUCUUCCCACAAUCCAACCUGCUCUACUUACGCUUCAAGAGUGACUUCUCCGCCACCCGAGAUGGCUUUGAGGCCACAUGGACGUCCUCUCCUCACGGUUGUGGUGGCAUUCUGUACGGAGACCAUGGCUCAUUCUCAAGUCCAAACUAUCCAGGCACCUAUUCCAACGGUACCCGCUGUGAAUGGGGCAUCCUGGCACCCAGAGGCCGCGUGGUGACAGUCACCUUUGCCCAGAUCAGUAUUGAUGACCCUGGAGAUUGCCAGAACAACUUCCUGAAGUUGUAUGAUGGGCCAGACACCUCCUCACUGCCUGCUGGACCGUACUGUGGAGUGGAAACCAACAUCGCUCCGUUCACAGCCUCCUCACAUCAAGUGUCCAUCGUUUUCCAAGCCCAGUACGCUACCCUGCCCUCAGGGUUCAGACUCACCUGGAGCAGCUGAAAGAAUGUCCUUCUACACACACACACACACACACACACACACACACACACAUUUAAAGGUAAACAUUUUUUAAUCAAACCACUGUAAAUCCACUCCGUGAUAAUAAAUAUGAU